CCAAGAUGGUCGAUGACGUGGGAAAAGGUUCACGCGAUUAUUCUUGUCGAUGGAUUAAAAUAUUAUGGGCGGUUUUGACCACAGCAAAAUGCUGGAUGAAUGUCGAGCCAACAAAGCUGGUCCUGGUCGAGUAUUCUAGAAAGAAGAAUAAAGAAGAAUAAACAAAAGGACGAAUAUUCGGUAUCGCUGAAGAGCAAAGUCCUGUUCCAGGCAGUACCGAUUAAAAGAAGAUGUACAGCGAAGAUAUAUGUUCCGUUGGAUGCCCGGAGCGUGUGGUCGACCACUAGGGUUCAGGGCAAGCCGAUUAGACGAUUAAAAAAGAAAAAAAGGAAAGACGGGCGAUGGAGGCGACCGGAGGAGGGUCGAGGAAAAAAAAUCCCAGAGGAUGACAACACGAGCGAUCUGCAGGAAGAAGGCGAGAUGGAAGAACGCGUGGGAUUGCUCUGCAAGCCCCAGCAGCACAAACAAGGACGCGAGACCAAAGCGGGCCACACGAACGACUCGAGGGAGGUUGCGAGGGAGAGGGAGAGAGGGUGGGAGGGGGGGGGAGGGGGGGUCGUGGAAUAAAAUAAACAAAUAAGGUAGCGAGCUCUGUCGGCAAUAAAUUGAAUAAGGUGAAACCGUCGUUUAGUUAAUCAAAACCACCGUUGGAAGAAGAAGUAAGGGGAGGGAGGUGUCUGUCUCGACGUUGUGGGCAAAGGUGGUUUGAGAAAUAAUGUC